AUGCCACACAACUCGAGAUCACCGGGGACGUCGAGUCUCGAGAACGAUCUUCAAGCGCCCCAUCUCGAUGAAUACGAAGGUUCUGCGAAGAGGUAUUAUUUUAGCCGCGUCACGUUGGAUUGGGUCCUGGGCGGCGGCCCGGAGCUGGUUUCCGCCCACUUCAAGACAUGA